AUGGCAUCAUCCUGCCAGGAGUGGAUGCAGACAUCCGCGCACCCGCGUGCAUUGCAGCAUCGUCGUCGCAAUGUGCGCGAAGUCCAACGCCUAGCGGCUGUUGGAGACACAUCCUACACCCGCCGAGUGGCAAAGAAGCGCGUCCGCCAGGAGGCAGCGAACCAGCGCCUGGCACGCAGACUUCGCCUGGCAGCCGCGUUCGCAGAGGCGCUUUUGGGCAAGGCCAUGGCUCCCAGGUCAUUAAAGCGGACCACAGGAUGUGAGGCUCGGAAGGUCAGGAAGAGCGAGGCCCUGGUCGCCCUCUUCGAUGACAAGCAGCGGUGUGGCCUGUCCUGUUUCAGUGCCAGGCAAGGCUUGCAAUUGCCCCAGAGUAGUGUUUAA